AUGGCGGCAAUCAGAGAAACCGUCUCCAACUUGAUCAACAAGUUUUCGGGCUCCGCCGAGGAAGCUCCCCGCGAGCCCUCAGCCGAGGAGUUCCAGCAGCUUCAGAAGAAGUACAAUGACGCCAACCAGGGCCAGGUCUUUGCCUUCAUCGAUGAAUUGCCCACCGCUGAGAAGUCCCGGCUCUUCCACCAGCUCACCAACUUCGAUCCCGUCCGCAUUAACGAGCUGGCCGAGACCGCCCUCAACCCGCCCAAGACCGAGGUAGCCGCCGCUGCCACCGUCGAGCCCCUGCCCGAAUCCGCAACCGCCUCCAUCCUCGACUCUGACCCCGCCGAUAUUAAGCGCUGGUACGAUGCUGGCCUCAAGCAAGUCGCAGAGAACAAGGUCGCCGUCGUGCUGAUGGCUGGUGGUCAGGGUACCCGUCUGGGUAGCUCCGCCCCCAAGGGUUGCUACGACAUUGGUCUGCUGAGCGAGAAGUCUCUCUUCCAACUCCAGGCUGAGCGUAUCCUGAAGCUCCAGGAGCUCGCUGCUAAGGCCCAUGGUGGUCAGUCUGCCACCAUCCCCUGGUAUGUCAUGACUAGCGGUCCUACCCGCAAGCCCACUGAGGAAUACUUCGCCGAGAAGAAUUACUUCGGUCUGGAUAAGAGCAAUGUCUUCAUUUUCGAGCAGGGUGUGCUCCCCUGUAUCUCCAAUGAAGGCAAGAUCAUGCUCGAGAGCAAGAGCAAGGUCGCCGUCGCUCCCGAUGGAAACGGUGGUAUCUACCAGGCCCUCAUCACCUCCGGUGCCCGUGAGGACAUGCGCCGCCGCGGAAUUCAGCACAUCCACCUGUACGGCGUGGACAACUGCCUCGUGAAGGUUGCCGACCCUGUCUUCAUGGGUUUCUCAGCCGCGAAGGACGUCGACAUCGCCACCAAGGUCGUGCGCAAGCGCAACGCCACCGAGUCCGUCGGUUUGAUCGUCCAGAAGAACGGCAAGCCUGAUGUCGUAGAGUAUUCCGAGAUCGACAAGGAAACCGCCGAAGCCAAGGACCCUAAGCAGCCUGAUGUUCUCAAGUUCCGCGCCGCCAACAUCAACUUCGCUCACAAGCUCCCCCACCACGUCGCUCGCAAGAAGAUUGGCUGUGUCAACCCUGACAACGGCGAGGCUGUCAAGCCUGAGAAGCCUAAUGGAAUUAAGCUUGAACAAUUCGUCUUCGAUGUCUUCCCCAUGACUCCUCUAGACAAGUUUGCUAGCAUUGAAGUUCGUCGCGAGGAGGAGUUCUCCCCGUUGAAGAAUGCCCGCGGCACGGGCGAGGAUGACCCCGAUACCAGCCGUGACGACAUUAUGAAGCUCGGACAGCGAUGGGUCGAGGCUGCUGGCGGCAUUGUCAUUACUGAGGCUGAGGCGUUUGGUGUUGAGGUGUCUCCUCUGAUCAGCUACGGCGGAGAGAACCUCGAAUUCCUCAAGGGACGGGAGAUCAAGGCCCCCGCCAUCUUGGAGAGGGAAGAGUAA